UCCAUUGACAGCAGCUUCCUUUAUAACGUUGGAGUGAUGUCUUCCCUAAGGGUUUUGUCACUUAGAAGUGCCGUGCAUAAUGCAAGCCUACCUGACCGAGGUUGGUGUGAACUAAAUUACCUCCAGGAAUUGGACCUUAGUGAGAAUGAUUUAAAGGGCAGCCUUCCCUCAUGUGUAGGAAACUUGACGUCAAUCCGGUUGUUGGACCUCUCUUAUAAUCAGUUGCAUGGAAAUCUCACCUCGUCUCCCCUUAUCAAUCUUGCAGCACUGGAGUACCUUUUCAUUUCACAUAACCAUCUCGAGAUCCCAAUUUCACUUGUUUCAUUUUAUAACCAGUCAAAGCUUAAGGUACUUAUAGGUGACAACAACAGACUCAGCGACCAAAUCGAGUUUCAAAGAUCAAUUCCUAGGUUCCAACUUCAGGUUUUCAGUUUGUCAAGUUGUAGUUCAAACAAGCUUGGUAUGCAGGUUCCACAGUUUCUUUAUUACCAGUACGACCUGAGAAUGGUUGAUCUUUCACACCACCGGCUGGCGGGAACAUUCCCAGCUUGGUUGUUAGAAAACAAUACAAGAUUGGAAGUUUAUAGGCUAAGAAACAGCUCUCUCAUUGGGCAUUUCCUCUUACCAUCUCGUCCCAAUCCCCAUCUCCGCUCAAUUGAUCUUUCUGACAAUCAUUUUGAGGGCCAACUUCCAAGAAACAUAAGUUUCAUCUUUCCCAAUUUGUCGGAUGUAAACAUGUCUACAAAUCAAUUUGAGCGCGCCAUUCCUACUUCUUUUGGUGAUCUGGACUCUCUGAUGUUUUUGGACUUGUCUAACAAUAAUUUGUCUGGACAGAUACCAGAGCAAUUGCCAAUGGGUUGCUCCUCCUUAUUGUUGCUCCAGCUAUCAAACAAUAAUUUGACUGGCCACAUAUGGCCUUCAAUUUCCAAUUUAACGGAGUUGUUAUGGUUAUUUCUGGACAACAAUCUCUUUGUGGGCGAACUUCCAAAUAGCUUGUGUACUCUCUCUUAUUUGGAUUCAAUGGACAUCAGCAACAACCAAUUCUCAGGAAGGCUUCCAAGAUUGAUGGGUAACAUGUCAGGUUUGACGCAUGUGGUUAUGUUCUCAAAUCAUUUUGAAGGACCCAUUCCAGUGGAAUUCUGCAAACUUGAUAUUCUUGAGUUUUUAGACCUUUCAGAAAACAACAUUUCCGGUACUAUACCAACUUGCUUCAACCCAGCAAGAAUAAAACACGUCCACCUGAAUCGAAACAGUUUGAGAGGAUCAUUGAGCCGUGCAUUUUACAACAGCUCUUCUUUGGUGUCAUUAGAUCUCAGCAAUAACAUCCUAAGUGGCAAAAUUCCUUGUUGGAUUGGAAGCCUUUCUGUAUUGAGCAUUCUUUUGUUGAAGUCUAAUCAUUUUGAAGGAGAAAUUCCCGUCCAGAUAUGCCACUUGACAAAGUUAAGCAUAUUGGAUCUUUCUCAAAAUACCUUUUCUGGUCGAAUACCUACUUGUCUGCAUGACAUAUCUUCUGACAGCUCCUAUGAGAAAUCUUAUUUAACACCUACAUUUAGACAUGCUGUUGACUAUUCGCCAUGGAACUUUGUGAAGGGGUCGAAUUUAUUGGGAGCGCAUGAAUUCGAAAUUAAUCUUGUGUAUGUCCAGCAUGUCCAGCAACAAACGGUGUUCACGACAAAGCAUGGAUCUUAUUCAUACAAAGGAAAUAUUCUUGAUUACAUGUCAGGAGUUGAUCUGUCUUGCAACCUCUUGACUGGGGAAAUCCCACCUGGAAUCGGAAACUUGAGCGAGAUCCGUACACUAAACUUGUCCCAUAAUAAUAUUAGUGGAUCAAUCCCUGCUACGUUCUCGGGCCUAAAGCAAAUAGAAAGUUUGGAUCUAUCGUACAACGGCUUGAGCGGAGGAAUCCCUCCUCAACUGAUUGAACUGGCAUCUUUGGCAGUCUUCAGUGUGGCACACAACGACUUAUCGGGUACAACACCAGACCAGAAAGCUCAAUUUGCAACUUUUGAGUCAAGUAGCUAUGAGGGAAAUCCCCUUCUUUGCGGGCCUCCCUUGCCGAAAAGUUGCACCCAAAACGUGCCAACGCCAACAAGGCAAAAAGACUUGGACGGACAAGGAGAAGAUGAUGGUUUCCUAGAUACGGAGGCUUUCUAUGUGAGCUUUUCAGUCUCUUAUAUCAUCAUUUUGCUAUCGUUUGCCGCCAUUCUGUUCAUAAAUCCUUAUUGGCGGCAGGGUUGGUUUUACCUCAUUGAAGUUUGUAUAGAUAGAUUUACCUAUCCAGAUUAUCCAGAUAAAUACCUCAACUCCAUCCCACGAUUCCCACGUAUGAAAUCAAUGGACGUAUCGCUGGAGAGUCAGCUUGAAAAAAGUGGUGAGAGAGGUCAACAACACUUCUUCUUCUUCCUUCCAGUUGAACUAGGUGCAUUGCGACUUGCAAAGACACAUCUGUAA